AUGUGUCACUUAUCACUCCCGACCAUCAUCGUGCUCGGUCAACUGCUUUUGAUCCCUAUCACCACCACAUUCCAUCCCUUGAACGGUUCCGACAACGGGCCAAUUUGGUUACACAAUGUCACCGUUCAGUCCCAUAUCGCAGCCAUUUUCGAGCGGAUCGACAACAUCGAUAUCGUAAUUGCCGAUCAGGGUUCGGCUCAGAUGGAUCAGAUCGAUCGGCUCGUUAGGGGCGGGGCCAACGGAAGUGGAAUUCUGCAGCGUAAAAGUUUUCGUAUCUACGGACAAGCUUCCGCAGAGGAUGAAGGCUGUACCGGAGACCGGUCACUGUUGUCUGCCAAGGUACACAUAACCGUGUCGGAUUCACCGGACUCGCCAGAUACGAUGGAUCGUGAUUACGAGGAUGAGUUCGAAUUCAUCCAGUGGGAUCGAUCGUACGGAUCGUUCGUGAAGAUAUGGGAUCAGAAUCAGGACAGUGGUUAUGUAGUGUUUGCCAAUCUCAGUACCUUCGAGACGUUGAUGAGGUGCUUGCUCGAUCCCGCCGGAACCUAUUUGAUUUUACUGAAUGCUGAGGGACAAUUUGAAAGGGACAAAGUUUCACGGCUGUUGAGAUCUAUUUGGAGAAAUCAGGGGGUCUUUCGACUAUUUAUCGUAUCCGGAGCUCAAAUUUACACCUUCGACCCGUUCGUUAAAAACGGAUCUGCGUACGGAAGCUUAUUCGAACUGAGAGAAAUCGGGAAGACUCCUGUCGUACCGCAAGGAGAUUUCAAAGGGUACCCGCUGCGAAUCGACAUGUUUUGGUCAACGUACAGCGUUCCACUGCCCAACAACAUGUCCCAGUUUUUGGGAGCAGACGUCGUUGUGGGCGAAGUUUUCGUAAAGGCCCUAAAUUUUACAGCAAUUUACCUACCUCCAGACAAGGAUAAUUUCGGAAGUCUCUUACCAAACGGUAGCUUCAAUGGUGUCAUCGGUCGUCUAACCCGUCACGAAAGUGACAUCACCUUCAUCGGCUACUUCAUCAAGGAUUACUUCAGCCGGGACGUUGAGUUCACCUCCGGCGUUUACACCGACGAGUUGUGCUGUUUGGUCAAGAAAGCCAGCCGAGUCCCCGAAUAUCUCCUACCGAUUACGAUUUUUCCUGGCGACUUGUGGGGCUUACUAUUUCUGAUGGGAAUCGUUUGCACGGUAGCGUGGAUUGUCCUACGUACUGGAAUCCGGUUGAGAGCGACCACCCGACAGGAGCGUUGGAAUCUCGCCACAUUGUUCAAUCUAUCAAAUACCACUCGUGAUGCCCCACUGUAUCGUAGAAUGCUCCAAAUAUGCGUCGACACCUACAUGCUGCUGGUAAGUGCCCCCUAUCGGCGCUUUUCCCGUUCGGGAACCGAACGUCUCCUUCUCUUCGGCAUCGUCAUGGUAAGCCUGAUCUUCGUAUCGGUGUUCCAAUCGCGACUUUCGUCGAUUUUCGUCAAUCCCGUCUACUACAAAGACAUCAACAGUCUGCUUCAGUUGGACCAAUCCGGUCUAACGAUUCCGGUCAAGUACAAAGGCUUCAUGGAUGACGUUUUCCCGGCCAACUAUAGCACCAUGAUGCAGUCGCUGCGCAACAAGUUGAUCUUUCAACCGACCAACCAAUCCGUGCUCGCUCAAGUGGCCAAACUGGGAACCAUUGCUACGGUGACCCGCAAGGCAACGCUCUCUCUUGAUAAUGCGAUCUUUUUGUCCACCAAACAGCUGUACAUGAUUCCCGAGUGUCCUCGGAUGUACAACCUAGCGUACGUUAUUGCUCGUCACUCCGUACUGCUCGAACAGGUCAACGGGAUACUACUGCGGAUGCUAAACGGAGGACUCAUCAACCAUUGGAUCAACCAGAUGAACUACAAUGUUACCUUGCACCACGGGGAUCAAAUAAGGAGCUCGCAGGAUUCGGACUUUAAAAUACUAACCGUGGUGGAUCUGCAGUUUCCGUUUUAUUUGUUGGGGCUUGGACUUGCCAUCAGUACGUUGGUGUUUGCCGGGGAACAGAUUUACUUUAGAUCAACAAAUCGAGCGAUGGGUUCGGAGGGUUUGCCGAAGCUCUGAAUGGGGUGUGGAGUAGCAUUAUUAUAGAAAACAUCGUGCACCGUGAUGUGUAUGUAGAUCACGCGAGUGGAUUAUCAUUGUUUGCUAUAUUCCUACUCUACUUAUCGGGAAGUUGCGCCGAGAGCUGAGCAUGUAGCGCGAAUGCCGCAAAAGAGAUCGACUUUGGGGCAGACGUCGCAGUCACUGACGGAUCAAGAUCGAGUAACUUGGACGUCUGAAAUUGAUUCAAUCAUGAUUCGGAGUACCCUGUUUAUUCGAUCAUGAUAAUGAUGACAGUAUCUCCAUUUGGUCAAAAAUUUACAUUUUUCGAUCAUUCGAAUGUACCCUUGAAUGUGGUACCACAUCGUGGUCAU